AUGGGCAGCUCUUUGUCUACUCCCCAACAGAAAUUUUUAAAAGACUUAAAAUUUCUCCUCUCCUCCAACAAAUUGGAAGUUCCGGAGGGUGAUUUGAUACAGCUUAUUCUGGCCAUUGAUGAGCAUUGCCACUGGUUUCCUGCAGAUGGGACUUGGGAAUUGAAACAUUGGGACAAGAUUGGGGCACAUUUUCAUGGGCACCCCAGCAUUGGUAUUCGGAUUCUAAAUGCAUGGUGCAAGGUUCGUUACGCCAUGGGCUCUUUAUCACCAAAAAAUAUCUCCAUGGCUGCAUUGCCAACACAACCUCCAGCUUCCUUAGUCCAGCCUGCUGUGUUAGCGUCUGUUCCGAUACUUGCUUUGCCAGCAGCCCCAGACCCCAAACCUCCAGACUACAGUUCCUCACCAGAGGACCCAAUCCUGCAAAAACACUGUGGUGUGGCUGGCAAUGAUCCUGCUCUUUCAGCGGCAGAACCAGCUACCCCUUUUCAACGUGCAGUCCUUGCCUGUUCCUUAAUUCAGGAUACUAUGGCAUUCCCUGUUAUUGUGCCCCCUGCUGGCGCUCCAGCAGGAACCCAAGCCCAACACCAACCUUUUGACUUUAAGAUUUUGAAAGAGCUGCAACAGUCAGUAAAGGCCAAUGGACUCCAAGCCCCAUAUACGCAGGCGCUUUUAGAAGCCACAUUAGCCCAGCUCUUGGUUCCAGAGGACAUCAAGCUUUUGGCCCAUACAGUGUUACCCCCAUCAGCUGGUGUUUUGUUUGCCCACGAAUGGGAAACUGCCUGCCGUGCUUAUGCUCCGGCUUUGUUACAACAAAUCAGAGGAAAUAAUCCAAAUAUUACCCUCGCAGACGUCAUAGAUGCCAUGAUGGGGUGUGGUCCCUUCGUUCAGGCUUCAGUGCAAGCCACACUGCUGCAAAUCUUAUUGAGGGACACCACUCUUGCUGCUAGAGGUGCUGCACAUGAGCUGCAUCUGGCAGUGUUUGCCUUCCUAACCAUUUGCCUUGCCAUCCUUUGCUGCACCGUUAUACAAGGAAGAGAAGCCACUUUCGAACUAGAAGAACAGCGUUGUUGA